AUGACUGCGGUCGUAAACGGCAAUCCCCUCACGGAUACCAAUCCUAGCGGUACGACUUCGAAUGCUGCAAAGACUCAGCCAAAGACCAUGGUAUCCACUGGCAAGGCUGACGGCUCUCGUAAACAAGGCAGUGUCAUGAAUGAUGCGACACAGAAACGAGCUCCAGCACAAAAAGCCUGGCAGUCUGGGAUGAACCCCAUUACUCAAAGGUCCAAUACCCCUACGCAGCAGAAUGGUGCUGUCGUACAGAACAAGUCAGGUUACAGGCUGGAUGAAUCAGAGGGUGGAAGUGCAGAAAAGAUCUCUCAUGAUCGGCUAUUGCACCUCUUUGCCAACGCAAUUGUGAAUCAAGAACGACUUUUAAUCAGUUUUCAGUCCGCUAACGGCCCUUGGCAGGGUAACAAUGCAACUCUCACCACGAAGAAUGGCGACAUCUAUACAGGCAUAUUCUUUGGAGCUUCCCUCAGCCAAGACGAACCCGAAUAUCUCCUCAAGAUGGUACAGCACCAAAGACGCGGGGAUCGAGGCGAGGUCAACGGUGUCCGAGAAAACUCUCGUGAAUACAUUGGUGUCGGGGAGGACCACGCAAUGUCUUUCAAGUUGAGAGAUGUUGUGGACUUCUCUCCUGAAGCUGUACCUAUGGCUACACAAGAAAAACGUGCUCAUGCAAGCUCGGCUCAAGCGUUCCGGACGGAUGCGGAUAUUUCAAACCGAAAAGGUGGACAGGAGCGAGAACUUCAACCUUGGGUUGCACCUGGGGUAGAGACCCACGAUCAAGCUCUCGAGGCAUCCGAACCAACAGGUACCUGGGAUCAAUUUCAAGCCAACGAAAACCUGUUUGGAGUAAAGAGCGACUACGACGAAAAUAUCUAUACCACCCGAAUUGACAAAUCACAUCCCAAUUACCGUCAGCGCGAAGCCGAAGCUCGACGCCUUGCUCAAAGGAUGGGCGAAAACUUCACGGGAAAAGUGAAUGAGAGUGAGGGAUGGGACGAAGAGGACAAAUACAGUGGUGUGAAACGAGGACCCAAUGCUUACCCCCCACUACAAUCGAAUCAACCAAACAAAUAUCAACCGCCUGCACGACGACCUCCAGCCGGUAAGCCGACAGUGGCUGGAGCUCCGGUCGAUCCAGCAAUCAUUGCUUCUCAACUUUCCAAGCAAGAAACGACGUCGCAGCUGGAGCAGAUUACUCCAUCUGAAGUGGCAGAGAACAACCUUUCAGCAAAGACAAUCACAGAGAACUCCCUUUUGAAGGAGGACCAGGCACCUCCGAAGAAUAAUUCAUCGAACAAUAAGUCUGCAGCAUCAAAUGAGCCAAAAGCGACGCAAUCCACCAAGUUAGCAGCACCCAACGCUGCAGCUAAUGUCGAAGUCGACGUAAGGAAUGCGUUUAAGCAGUUUUCACAGACCCAGAAGACGCGUGUAGCUGACGACAAGCGACAACGUACGCUACAAGAUAAAAAUUUUAAGCUCGAGGAUCUCCGAGGUUUUUCCCAGCGUUUCAAGUUGAAUACACCAGUGCCUCAGGAUCUAGUGCCAAUCCUCGCGAAAGACCCAAAGAAACAGGAAGAGAUUAAGGAGAAAGCACAGCGAAACGCAAUGGAGCAAGCAAAUGCUCCGAAACUCACAAGCAAGGCUAAAGAUCAAGGUUCGGUCAAGGCUGUAAAUGAUUCAACCCGCGAAGCUUCCAAGGCUGGGCGGACCGGCAAUGAACGCCCUGAUCAAGCUCGCCAGGCUGCACCACCUCGUGGACCUCAAGGCAACUUGCCUCUACGCGAAAGGCAGCCUCCGCAAGCUUACUCAAUUCCAACGUUGCCUCCCAAUGAGCAAGGCCUCACUCACCGGCUGGCUAAGACUCAACGUGACAGGCAGGCCGGAGUCGCCUCCAAUGUGCCAGCGCCAUUGCCAAUCCUUACUCAGAAAACACCCGCCAGGCCUGGCACUACUGCCUCCAGAGUGAAUAGUUCCCAAGGUUCCGUGAGCAUGCGGACGCCCACUUCUGCAACUUCUGGAAAAUUCAAUGUCAAAGCUCAUGAAUUCAUACCUAAUCCCGCGGCCAACGCCUUUACGAUGCCAACAAGUCAGCCCAGUGACGCUGCCAGUCCUCGUGCACAGGGCAAAGGUAGAUUGGCCGUGCAAGCAUCCAGCCCAACAGAGUUUUUUGGAAAUAGGAAGCCCCUUCCAAUAGAGGAUAGACUGUCAAUCACAGAUAAUUUCAAUCCAUUGAAGCGUCUGAGGGAAAAGGCUGAGAAGGACGGCAAGUCGAAAGACUACGCAACCAAUGGCGGGAUCGCAUUUGCACAUGCAACGCCGGUAACUUGGUCCUCUGUGAAGGACGGAGAAGAAGGAAAGUCUUACAGAGACAUGUUUGAAGGAUCUUUGGUUACUACUGGCCCAUCACCCCGUCCUCUGACUACAUCUCCUAUCAACUCGAAUGUUGCACAUCAAAACCAGAUGCCAAAUCACUUGCAGCCAAAUCACCAGACAUCAUCUAACAUGCAUACACCUCCACAGCAGAUGUAUCAGGGUCCUCCGCAACAGCACCUAUAUCCAGGAAUGCCUCACCAAUUUGAGGACCAGCGCAUGCACGCCUCACCGUCCAUAUCUUCAUAUUCAACUCCUCGAGCUCAGAAUGCGUAUGGUACCUAUCCUAUGCCAAUGGGGCAGCCCAUGCAAGGGCCAAUGCACGGUGCCAUCCAAUAUCCUCCCACCAUGGGUCCUGGGCAUCCUCAGAUGUUUCCUCCCGGAGGACCUCAGCCUGCUCACUUCCGUCAGUAUACGCAAAGCCCACAUUACUUGCCUGGCGCUGGCCAGACUUUAGCUGCACCAGCAAUGGUGCAACAAGGAUCCCAAGGACCUUAUCUCGCGCAAGGUACGCCAGCCGCUCAUGUGCCAGUCUACGCGACCGGAAUUCCACAAUACGGACCAUCUCAGCCAAAUAGUGGAUACCCAAGCCCCAAUAGAGGGGCUCCAAUGAUGAUGCAUCAAGGCUCGUUUCAGGGUCAGAAUACACAGAUGCAUGCAAGUGCAGGCCAGUAUGCGCAGCCUUUCUAUUCAUCUCAGCCACCACCUACCAUCAAAGUCCUCAGCAACAGUACCAUUAUCCAACACAGGCCCACCGGGUACCAAGCCACGGUUAUGGACACCAUUCUCAAGGUCCUGCACAAAUGCCGAUGCAACAAGCACCGCCGCAUAAUGCACCAGCGGAAAGUGGAGAAGGCAUGA